GCUAGCCCCACGGUGACCGGAGGUCGACCAUCCGCAUGCCAACCCAACACCAUUCUGUUCUCCCCACCAUGUAGCCGCUUCCAUGCAUCGACGCGAUGGUACGCCGGGAACAUGCGAGUGCGCUGGGGGAACCAUAACCAUGUAUAAGAAGCCUCGACCACGCUCCGUGCCGUACCUCUUACAUGCCGAACGAGAACCAGCAGUCUGUUUCGAACCAUCUCCUGAACGACCGCCGCCAUGAAGUUCUCGACCCUCGCCUCGAGCCUUCUGGCUCUGGCCCCGUUCUCGGCCGCCGCCGAGAUCGCCAAGCGGGCUACCCUGACCCAGGUGAACAACUUCGGCUCGAACCCCUCGGGUGUGAGGAUGUACAUCUACGUCCCCGACAAUCUGCAGGCCAAACCCCCUAUCCUUACCGCUAUCCACUACUGCACGGGGACGGCCAAUGCCUUUUACACCGGCACGCCCUAUGCCCGCCUCGCCGACCAGCACGGCUUCAUCGUCAUCUACCCCGAAUCGCCCAACGAUGGUGGUUGCUGGGAUGUCUCGUCCCGUGCCACUCUGACCCGCGAUGGCGGUGCCAACAGCAACAGCAUUGCCAACAUGGUCACCUACACCAUCUCCCAGUACGAUGCCGACCCCGAUCGCGUGUUUGUCGCCGGCACGAGCUCGGGCGCUAUGAUGACCAACGUCAUGGCCGCUACUUAUCCCGACCUGUUCAAGGCUGCUAGUGCUUACGCGGGUGUCGCUGCUGGCUGCUUCUUUACGGGCACCGUGGCCGGCUGGAACUCAAGCUGCGCCAACGGCCAGUCCAUCGCCUCGCAGGACGCCUGGGCCCAGACCGCCCUUAACAUGUACCCUGGAUACACGGGCUCCCGGCCCAAGAUGAUGAUCUACCACGGCUCGGCAGACGCCACCAUCCACCCUCCUAACUUCAACGAGACCAUGAAGCAGUGGUCCGGCGUCUUCGGCUACACCUACGGCCAGCCCCAGCAGACGCUGCCCAACACGCCCGCGGCGCCUUACACCAAGUACGUGUACGGGCCGAACCUUGUCGGCGUGUACGGCACGGGCGUCACGCACAACAUUCCUGUUAACGGCGCCGCCGACAUGGAGUGGUUCGGCAUCACCGGCGGCUCGACCACCCCGACGCCGACCAGUUCGGCCGUUCCCGGCGGCCCGACUACCUCCGCUCCUCCCACGGAACCCUCUGGCUGUGCCGCUGCUCAGUGGGCGCAGUGUGGUGGCAACGGGUACACUGGGUGCAAGACCUGCGCCAGCCCGUUCAAGUGUAACUUUGUGAAUGACUGGUACUCGCAGUGUUUGUAGGUGUGUAGGGGGUGAGGGAUGGCCAGGGACAUGAGUUCAUUGUACGUAUUUGCCGAGUACAUAUCAACCUUAUUUGACAUGAUAGAGAGACAGCCGGGGGUUGUCAUACGGCCAUGGUAUCUAUCAAUACCGC